AUUAUAAUAGAAUAAAAUCAAGAUUGUAUGAACUACGAUGAUGUUAAAAUAUAUGAAGAUUAUUUUGAUUCUCCACGCGACUUCAACACAAGGUGGAAAAUACUGCCAUUUAAUUUCAGCUGAUGAGAAAAAGUGCCAUUUAAGGGAAUCCCUUGUCAUUAUCGACCAUAGCGCCAAUCAGAUAGCAGUAGACAAGAAAUCUAACACCUUGUACUUCAGCUUCGAUGCCGGCCAAGGGGAAUUCAACCCUGCGUUGAUCGGCAUAGAUACCAAAAAGCUAAAGCUGCUUAAAGGCGUUAAAGAUGCUUUUGCUAUAGCUACGGAUGAUAGAACUGGCGAUGUGUAUUUUGGUGGAAGCAAUGGCAUUUAUAAAUAUAGCCAGUCGAACAGCAAACUCAUGAGACUGGAUAUAAAGCAGUUGGACGUGUGGUGGUUAGUGGUACGGAAUCAUAUAUAUUACAUACAGUUUCCGGACUUGAAGGCGUAUGUGUAUAAAUGCAAGAUGAUCAAGUUACUAGAACAGCUUCACAGCAGCGUAAUGAACCAAUUUGUCUUCGAUGCAGAAAAGAAUAUUUACUUUAUAAACGGUACAGGUCUUUACAGAGUUGCUAAAGAUGAUACCAAGGUGGUAUUACUAAGAAGCACACCAAAAUUUUUAGGAAUGACCACUAACAUAUAUGGUACAGUGUACGUGUGCAGCGACAGUGGAAUUUACUACAUUAGGAAAGAUCUGAAGUUGGCAAAAUUUGUGAGCAUCCAAGGUGUGUUAGCGUUGACAUUUGACAAAGAUAACCACUUGAUUUACUCUGAUUCUCGUGAGCUAGUCCGUCUUCUGCCAAUGGAGAAGAGAAUCAAGAAGAAUGAAUCUCGGAAGUCUCUUCCUGGCGAAGUGAGGAAUGUGACGGUUUGUGAAGUCUUCACGAUGCUUGUUAGUCCAAAACCAAAGGCGAUAGUGGAAGAAGAACAUCAAUGCUCUACUACAUUAUCAUAAAACACUAUGUAACAAAGUGCUUGGAAUACUUUAUGAAGUGGUUU